GUAAUUAAAUUGCUGUUUAAUAUUUGUCAGAUGAAAUGCCAUUAACUAUUUACUUUAAGAUUUGUUAAAAAUACAUCUUCUGUACUGGAUUACGCUUGAUUGAAGAAACACGUACGUGCCUCCUCCAUCCGGCACUAAGAUAUUCCGUUGCUGCCACAUAGACCUGUUUGUGCGAUGGAGACAAGGCAGCGGCGUGGUGAUUCGAUACCGAUGAUUAGAGUCGAGUCGGGGGAUCCACAAGACAGCCCAGUCAGAAAAAGAGAUCGGGCGGACAGAUUUCACUGGGACAUCUGGCUGUUCCUUGCCCUGGAUAACUGGAUCUUCGACUUCGGCAGACCCAUUGCAGCACUGUUCGUGCCCCUUGAGUGGUCGCCUCUGAACAAGCCCAGUAUCGGGGACUUCUUCCACAUGGCCUACAACGUCAUCACGCCCUUCUGUCUACUCAAGUUGCUGGACAGGUGCCCACGGAAACCUUCACCCACGCUGGUGUACUUGUGCGUGAUCACGUUCGUGAUGGGCGCCAGCAUUCACCUGGUAGGGGACAGCAUCGACCACCGCCUCGUGCACCUGGGCUACCAACUCCACCUCUCCGUCCGCGACAACCCCAUCAUGCAAAACCUCCAGCCCCCGGAACUGGUGGAUUCUUUUGAACUUUUGUACAGCUAUGAUGAAGAGAUAGGACAUCUUAUGUGGUACAUUCCAUUUUUCGCAAGCCUGGUGCUUUACUUCUCUGGAUGCUUCAAGCCGUUUAAGGGAGUGGAACACGAGCGGACGGGCGCCGCCUGGUGGUUGCUCAUGGCCGUCAGCGCCGUCUAUUACUGGUACCUGGUAACGGAGGGUCAGAUAUUUGUGGUUUACGUGAUCACGUGCGCAUGCAUGUUCAUCCUAAUGGCGAUGGAGAGGGGCAGGGGCCGUCGUCCGGAUGUGAACGGUCGCUUCCUAUUGUACACGUUCUCAGCCACCACCGUGCUCACCCUUGCCUGGAUAGCGGCGCUCUGGUCCGACCCCAUCCUCCGGAACAAGUACCCGGGCAUACUAUAUGUGCCCGAACCUUGGGCUUACUACACGCUCUACUUGAAAUAGUUUUCGGAAGCAUUUUUGUCUAAAUUUUCUGUUACUAAAUG